CGAUGAUAAGGCUGUUUCUGUCGAAGAAAGAGGAUAACGGGAAAUCAAGAAAUCUUGAUAGAGGGAAAACCCAUGGCGUGUGUAUCAUCUGUGUGUACAAGAUUCGGAGCACAGAGUACAACUGCUUCACUCCCUUUUCUCAAUGCUUCACGACCAACAAGAAGCAAUCUUUCCCUAAAACCAGCUUCUGCUGCCGCUAAUUCUUCGAAUUCAACUGGGCUUCUUCACUGUUCCUUCGUAUCUUCUUCACUUUCUCUAUCAUCUUCAUCUUCAACAUUCGCAGGUUUGUCACUGGGAUGGGACUUUAACUCUAGGAGUGGGAUCGAACCAGAGAAACGGCGUGGUUUGGUGGUGAAGGCCGGGAAAAAGUUUCAACUUGCUCAAACAAAGAGGAACAGGUCUCGGAAAUCUUUAGCUCGGACUCAUGGUUUUCGUUUAAGAAUGAGGACUACUAGUGGACGAGCCGUGUUGAGGCGCAGGCGAGAAAAGGGCCGAUGGAUACUCUGCACCAAAUCUAACCCGAGUAGUGGAAAACGUGCUUGAAAGAGUGAGUUGCUAUGUUAGGUCAGCCACGACCGACCUUUUUCAUGUUCGUUGUUCAAUUCUUGUAAUCUUGGUUUAAUUUCGAGCUAUUUCAACGUGUUGAUAUAUGUUCUGUGACCAUUUAAUCAUGCAAUAUAUCUUCCGAAGUUAUGACUUUCAAA